AUGGUGGCGCGCAAGGUGGAUGCCAGCGAGGACGAGUCUGAGGAGGUACAGGAACAUCUGAAAGAUGCCGUGGAGGGCACGUUGCGGCUAAAGCGUUUGCUGAGCCAGGACUCUGAGGAUGGAUUCGCGAAGAAGAAGCGGGCCAUGGAAAGCAGCAUCGACGUCGACCGCCGCCAUAGGAUUGACGAGUUGUUGGAGAAGUGGGAUAGGUUGGACGACAGGGUGAUGUUGCACGUCCUUGAAGGGUUAGAAACCCGGGAACUCGAGUACUUGGCGAACUCGUCCUUCGUGCCUGAUGAGUUCAACUGGAGGAAUAUCCCAGCUGACCAAGUGGCGACCCAGGUCGCCAUGUGGCUGGAGGGCCAGACGUUGGGUGGCGGUCCGCUCGACGUGCUCCUCACUUUCCGAGACAAGUGGAAACUGGGUCUGGAUGCAGAUAGCGUCCUUCGAACACUGAGCCACAAGGAUUUGCGCUACGUGAUGGAUCACUACGAUGGCACGCAGAACAUUGGGAAGCUGGUUGCGGAGGCGAAGAAGUCGCCUCCGCUGGAGGGGCGGACUGAAGGCUGCAUGCCAGAUGCGCCUGGAUUGGCUGCAAUCGGCCGCUUCCACCGGCUUGAGCUCAUUGAUCCAACUGCAGAUGCUGCGGUAUUCGGGGAUGCCAACUUGAGCUUUGCGUUAAAUUUGGCGAGACACCGCAAGGUUCUGGGCCAUGUUGGCCGCGUCAUCGCGACCACCUUCGAGUCUCUGGAGACUCUUCGGGAGCGCUAUGAGGAAAUAGAUGAAACCAUCAAGACGCUCGAGGAGCAUUACGCCGACGUGCACCAUGAAAUCGAUUGCACUCGCAUCGCCAUGAAUCCAAAGUUCAAGGGUCUGGAGGGAACCAUCGGGGCAGUGUAUUACAACUUCCCACAUGCAGGAGCUGUGGGUGGCUUUUUCGACGGCCACCCAGUCGUCAAUUGGCGUCAUGAAAACUUGAUGAGAUUAUUCUUUCGAGCAUUGCGAUCCUUCAUGAAAGUGGGUGGCUUGGUGAAGGUUGCCUCGAACAUGGGAGCGGUGGGUGUCCGAUUCUCAUACAUUACCUUUGCAGCGAAAGAGAAUGAGUUUGAUCAUGAGGGUGACAAAGUAGCAUCCAUCCACCAGCAGCUCUCCGUCCCCUCCCUGCGGCUGGUGCUGCAAGGGCAGGAGCUGUCAGUGGAAGACGAGGUCUCCGCCGCUGGCCUGCUUGUGCCAGGGGUUGAGCUGACGGCAGUGGCGCAGGCCGGACGCAGCGGCUGCUUCGAGGCGGCGAGAGUGCUGACCUCUUCGAAAGAUUCAACGGCCAAGAUUUUCGAUCUGGAGACAGGCACAUGCCUGCACUCAUUCAACGAAAACUUCGACGAUUUUGGUUAUAAUGACAUCGUCUCAGCGGACGUCUCCGAGACGGGGAGGAUCUUUCUCUUGGCAUGCGAAAAUCUCGUGGUUUCGAUGUACAAGUCGAGCACCGGAGAGCCAAUCUAUCGUCUGAAGCUCGAGGAGCAGCAUGAGGGCCUUGUGAGUGCGGCGUUGUCACCGGAUGCCACUACCGUGCUGCUAGUGGAUGCCAAAGGGGACGUGCUUUUGGUGGAUUGGGCGCAAGAGAAGGCACCACGUGCCCUGGCCGCGCUUGGGCAUGUCUUGCAAGCGAAUUUCUCGCCAAACGGUGCCAAGGUCGUUGUCGCCUUCAAAGAGCACGUGGCACAGGUAUUCGAUGCGAAGUCAGGGCAGAGCGCCCAGCUUUUCAAAGGCCACAUGGGUCAUGUUCUGGUGGCGAGGUUUUCUCCCGACAUGAUGACCGUUCUGACAACGUGCGCUGAUGGUGUACUUCGGUUAUUCGAUGCGAGCACUUCUUGUCUCAUCCGGGACUUCCGAAGGCAUGCAGGCCGCGCUCGCAGCUGUUGCUUCUCACCAUGUGGAGAAAAGAUCCUUGUGGCAGCAGACAGCGGCUUUGUCGCAAAGAUCUUUGCAGUCUCCGAUGGAAGGUGCACAAGGACCUUCCCAGGACAUACAGGCCCGCUUUGGUCCGCCAUCUUCUCCCCUGGAGGCGAUGCUGUCCUGACCUCGUCGGGCGACCGUGGAAACGGAGGAGAGCGGGUGCUUGCAGCUGUAUUUCUGCCUGCUCCUGUCACAGACAUCGUCGGGUCUGCGGAAACGGCUGACGACGAGGGACACGGACCCUCUCCAAAGAGUGAGGGUCUUGACCGCGAAGACAAACAUCAGCUUUCACUCCCGGUGGAAACAGUCCCUUUCCUCCAAUGGAAUCUCCAUCGAUAUGGCCGGGCGUAUGGCGACAGGCGUGAUUCCGGUCGCCGCCCUGGCAAGUCAGAGAACUACAACGCCCAACGGGCGGACAGAGAUAUGGUCUACACCUUCAGAUACACACCCAGUGGGAAGCAGCUUGGCCCGCAGGGAAUUCGAUUACCGCCGACGCUCAGCACACUGGAAGAAUGCCCCGACGGACCCUUCUCCUGGCAACCGGUUGAGACAAAGAAGCAGCUGGCCAAAUCGCUCCACGACCGAUUCAUCAAGGAGUGUUCCGGGAUUCACGUUGGGUAG